GUCAGCAUCCGGCCACUCACAAUCAACCACAACAACUUCGGAAUCCCCAUCCUUUUCUAUACCCUCUUCGCAGAGAAAUCGACUGAAUCCGAGUCCAAGAAGACGGGUCGCACAGUGACCGCCUUCUUCACCUACGUCAAUCGACUUCUUUUCAUAGAGAAGCCAGAGUCAUUCUUUUCAUCAAUCUUUCGUAUAUCGAAAGGUUGAUAGGAAAGACUGCCUCUUGCGCCGUAGAAAACCGCCAAACUGGAUUUUGAGGCCCGUGUUCCCGUCCCUUUCAGCAUCUUCCCGGCUACGUACCGGGAACCUGAAAAGGGCAUUCAGACUCAUACGCACGUUCACGAGAAGGUUGAGGUCAAGGUCACCAAGCCGGCUCAUGGUGCUCACCAUGACCACGGCCAUGAGGACCACCAUCAUGCUCCCGUCCCUCCGGCUGUCCAUGAGCUUCAGCCUCCCCGUGUAGAGCAGCGCAUUGUCGAGGAGGAGAUCCACAUCACCCGUGAGGAGGAGGUUCACAAGGAAGAUCACCACAAGGAGCAUCACCACCACCAUCGCCCUGCCAGCGCCCACUCGCACCGCUCUCACCAUUCGCAUCACUCUCACAAGCCUCACUCACCCCAUAUCCCUCACCUUCAUCUUCACAAGAACGAGGGCCACCACCACCAUCACCACCACCACCAUCACGACGAGGAGGAGGACCACAAGGAGCACAAGCACCACCUCAUUGACCACCUCACUGACAAGCUCCCCCACAUCCACCGCGCUCACUCGGCCAGGGACGAGGAACACCACCACAAGGACCACAAGCACCACCUCAUUGACAAGGUUCACCGUCCUCACUCCCACCACUCUUCCCACCACGAUAUCGUCGAGGUGCACAAGACGGAGCAUAUCCAUACCCACAACCAUGGCCACGGCUCCCACGGCUCUCAUGGCUCCCACGGCUCCCACGUUGGUCCGGUGAUCGUUCCCGAGCCCAAGCACAACGACCACCACCACGCGCCGCACUAUCCUCUGGAGCCUCAGGAGCACCAUUCGCACACUCAUGUGCACUCGCACACCAGUGGUCACAACUUUUCUGAACCAUCCUUCGAAAAGCCUCAUCAUCACCACUCCUCUUCUCAUCAUCAACAAUCCUCCGACAGCGCCAGCGCUAUCGACAUUGCUGAGCAUCAAUACCGGUCCAAGUUCCAGCCCGCCUACCACAACGAAGGUCACGUAGUCGGUUCCACCGUCGACGUCGCUAGCUACCGUCCCAGCCACAAGGAGUCCACCCACGUCGACGACACUACUGUCGACUUCCCUGCACUCCCUGCACCCCCUAGAUCCACUUCUUACAAGGAGAAGAUCGUUGUCGACGAGACUACCGUCGACUUCCCCACCUACCGUCCGGCUCAUAAGAAGGCACCCAGCCUCUACAGCGAGUCUACUGUCGACAUCC